UUCGGUAAUAGAAUAGCCGAUGUAAUUUGACACUUCAACUUACUGCGCUCUCUCCGAGUCUAUUCAGUUACUCAGUCCCAUUCUCAGCAGCCGUGUGUGUAUGAGAGAGAGAGAGUGAGGAAGGGAAGAUAUCUAAAACAGAUAAUAAGAGACGAGAAUUAUUACCGAGGACUUUCUGCGCCCGAUCACACCCCGGAACAAAAAAACUUGAAGUGCUGGAGUGUUUCACCUCCUGCAGUGUGGAUGGGUGGGGGGGGUCCUUUGUGGUGACAAAUCAAGGAUUAAAAACAAGAAAGAUAUUACACAUGAAAAUCGGCCUCUGAGACUUGGUGAAACGUUACACUUGGUUAGAGAAGAGAUACUGCUUGGGCCCCUCUAUGAUCCUGGCACUCCUGUUUUCUCCUUCUACAAAAAAAAGAAGAGCUCUCCAGUUUAAUGGCUGGCAGAUAGAGGCCAGACGGGGACAAUCAACAUGAACUCGAUUCCGUCGAUGGACAGACACAUUCAGCAGACCAAUGAUCGUCUGCAGUGUAUCAAGCAGCACUUACAAAAUCCAGCAAAUUUCCAAACAGCAGCGACUGAGUUGCUGGACUGGUGCGGAGACCCCCGGGCCUUCCAGCGCCCCUUCGAGCAAAGCCUGAUGGGAUGCCUUACGGUGGUCAGCCGCGUAGCAGCGCAGCAAGGCUUUGACUUGGACCUGGGCUAUCGGCUCCUGGCCGUGUGUGCCGCCAACAGGGACAAGUUCACUCCAAAAUCAGCAGCCCUGUUGUCUUCUUGGUGUGAGGAACUGGGACGCCUCCUCCUCCUCCGUCACCAGAAGAACAGGCAGAACGAGCCUCCAGGAAAAGUUCCCAUGCAGCCCCCAAUGAGCUCCAUGAAACCGGGUCUCUCGCACGGAGAUGGCUCUUUUCCCUACGACUCAGUUCCCUGGCAGCAAAACACCAAUCAGCCUCCAGGUUCGGUGUCCGUGGUGACCACCGUCUGGGGCGUGACCAACACGUCACAGAGCCAGGUGUUAGGGAAUCCCAUGGCCAACAGCAACAAUCCUAUGAACCCUGGGGGUAACCCUUUGAGCUCGGGGAUGUCUGGAAACAAUCCGGGUAUGAACUCACCUCAGUUCCCUGGUCCACAGCAGCAGUUUCCAAACAAAGGCAACUCUAAUCAAGGCUACAUGCAGCAGGGUAUGUACGGACGACCCAACUAUCCUGGAGGAGGAGGUUAUGGUGGCAAUUACCCUGGAGGGCCAAAUGCUGGACCUGGUGGGAUUGGCAUCCCUCCAAACUCUCGUCCUCCAUCGGAUUUCACCCAGCCCGCUGCUGCCGCCGCAGCCGCCGCAGUCGCCGCAGCUGCUGCCACCGCAACUGCCACAGCUACAGCAACUGUAGCAGCCCUGCAGGAGACCCAGAACAAGGACAUGAACCAGUACGGACCGAUGAGUUCCUCUUUCCAGAUGGGACCAAACCAAGCAUACAACAGCCAGUUCAUGAAUCAGCCAGGACCCCGUGGCCCUCCAUCUUUGCCUGGAAACAUGGGCGCAGGCAUGAAUGCAUCCAACAUGAGUGGGCCUCCAAUGGGAAUGAACCAACCCAGAGGCCAAGGCAUGGUGCCUUUUGGGUCCCAUGGUCAAAGGAUGCCCCAGCACGGCUACGCUGCACCCCGACCUCAGGGUGUGGGUAUGCAGGGCAUGAAAAGACCGUAUCCAGGAGAGCCAAAUUAUGGUGGGCAGCAGUAUGGACCAAACAACCAGUUUCCCAACCAGCAGGGGCAAUACUCCACCCCCAAUGGCUCGAGACCACUGCCAUCCCCCAGCUACCCCGGGCAGAGAAUGCCAGGACAGCAGCUGCAAGGCCAAUACCCCCCACAUGGCGGUCCCAUGGGCCAGUACUAUAAGCAAGAGCCACCGUUCAAUGGCCAGACAAACAACUUCUCUGGGAGUGGAUACCAGUACAACCAUGGUAACAUGAAUGGGCCUCCUAGACCGGUGGCCAACUACCCCCACUCCCCAGUGCCGGGCAACCCCACCCCUCCAAUGACUCCGGGUAGCAACAUCCCACCAUACCUGUCGCCAAACCAAGAUGUAAAGCCGCCCUUCCCUCCAGACAUCAAACCAAAUAUUACAUCUCUCCCUCCCCCACCAGCCAGCCACAAUGAGGAACUACGGCUGACGUUUCCUGUGCGGGACGGGGUCGUCUUAGAGCCCUUCAGGCUGGAACAUAACUUGGCUGUGAGCAACCAUGUCUUCCACUUACGGCCCUCUGUGCACCAAACACUCAUGUGGAGGUCGGACCUAGAGCUGCAGUUUAAAUGUUACCACCACGAAGACCGUCAGAUGAACACUAACUGGCCAGCGUCGGUCCAAGUCAGCGUAAACGCCACCCCGCUCACAAUCGAGCGAGGUGACAACAAGACAUCGCACAAACCAUUGCACUUGAAACACGUGUGCCAGCCAGGAAGGAACACGAUCCAGAUCACGGUGACUGCGUGCUGCUGUUCGCACCUGUUUGUGCUGCAGCUGGUACACAGGCCGUCGGUCCGCUCUGUCCUGCAGGGCCUCCUAAAGAAGAGGCUGCUGCCUGCAGAGCACUGCAUUACCAAAGUCAAGAGGAACUUUAGCAGCGUAGCAGUGUCCACAGGGAACGCCACGCUGAAUGGGGAGGAUGGAGUUGAGCAAACGGCCAUCAAGGUUUCCCUGAAAUGUCCGAUCACUUUCCGACGAAUACAACUUCCAGCAAGGGGGCAUGACUGCAAACAUGUUCAGUGCUUCGAUUUGGAAUCAUAUCUACAACUGAACUGUGAACGGGGCACAUGGCGAUGUCCUGUAUGCAAUAAAACAGCUUUGUUGGAAGGACUGGAAGUAGACCAGUACAUGUGGGGAAUCUUAAAUGCCAUUCAAAACUCUGAUUUUGAGGAAGUCACAAUUGAUCCAACAUGUAGUUGGCGACCUGUGGCAAUCAAAUCUGAAAUCCACAUUAAGGAGGAUCCAGACGGGCCGCUGGCGAAGAGGUUUAAGACAAUGAGUCCCAGUCAAAUGAUCAUGCCCAACGUAAUUGAUAUGAUUGCUCAACUCGGGCCCGGACCUUCGCCGUACCUGUCGAUACCAUCUGGUCAAGGUGGCAACAGCAGCGAAUAUGGCAGCCAAGGUAGUAGAGCCUUUGCAGUUCUAGUAUGCAAAAAUCUUUGCAAACAUACAUGUGUGUUGAGAUUUUUUACUCCUUGUUCAGGCAACAAUUACCAAGGACAUGGGAACUUUGACUUCCCCCACAGCGCCCCAGGCAGUACGUCAAUGAAUGACUUCAUGCAUGGUCCUCAGCUGUCUCACCCACCCGACAUGCCGAAUAGCCUGAUGGCACACGACAAACCCCUGUCCCACAACAUGCCUGACUCGAUACCUCAUUCUGCCGGGCCUGACCAGACGCACGGCCCACUGCAGCAGAGCUUACAUCCAUCUCCGCACCCCGGGAGCCAAUCGGGGCAGCAGCUACACCACAGUGGGCCCCCUCUGCCCUCACGGCAAGCCCCCCCACCUCAGCAGCAGCAAGCACAGCAGCAACAGCCCACCCCCAACAACCAUCCCCAUUCUGACCUUGCCUUCAAUCCCUCCAGCAGUUUGGACAGCCAAGCGGGGUCGGAUAUGCCCGAGCCUUCAUUAGAUCUUCUCCCUGAACUUGCUAACCCAGACGAACUGUUGUCGUACCUGGAUCCUCCAGACCUCCCCAGCAGUAGCAACGAUGACCUUCUGUCGCUCUUUGAAAACAACUAAGAGGCUUUCAGACACCCACACACAUAAACUUUUACCGAUCGCCUGAAGCUUCCCUGAGAACUGCCACAGUUACUCAGUACUUGAUCAACACAAUGAUGCACUCCCUUUCUCUUCUUCCUCUUGUACAAUUUCCAUUCGCCAGCGCAGAUUGACUGCAAAUAAUCUCAAAGAUACUCAAAAGACACGGCAGGAUGUGGCGGAGUUGCCACGCCCUCCCACCUCCUGUGAUGAUAACCUUGACUGUGCAGCUAUAGUCAAUUUUAUUUUUACACCACACACAUGUACGUGUGCUCACUAUUAACAUGUUGUAGCAUUUUUAAAAUACUUUUUGUUUUCUUUUGAAGCUACAAAAAUGAACUCAUUGUAUAAAGCAGAAAAAUAACUGAAGAAAAACUGUGCUCUCUGGCCAAUGUGUGUUAUGUUUUGUAGUCUGAGAGGCCACAACUUCCUCGUGUCACUGCUCCAUUCCCUGACUGGUCCGGUUAGUCGCACUGUUUUGUCCGUCACCUAAAAGCACAAGAAAUUUUAGCACUGCAAAACAAACAACAACAAAAAAUCUUCUUUACAAAAAGGAAAUGGAUUGGUUUUCUAGAAAUUUGCUGCCAACGUUUUAAAAAGAGUUUUUGGAACAGAUUGGCUUCCAUUUUGUCUACAAUUGUGCUGUGUAUUUAUUUCAGUCUCUGAAGUCUGACUUUUGAAGCAGGGAGCAUUUGUAGCCUACAAUAACAGAAAGUAUGUACAUGAUACCUGGUCUUCUACACAUUGUAAAGUCCUCCUUUACAAAUGAGUGAUUUUUUUUUUUUACAACAAUAGAUAAAAAAUAUGAUUGAAGUUCCUGCCAUGUUAUUUGCUUCCAUCUGCUCUGCAUGAGCCUUAUUUUCUGCAUUUUUGCAGAUUUCAUCUCUCCUUAAAAGAUGUGCUAUUGAGGAGGAAGUCUUUAAAGCGCAUGUAUGCCAAGCCCUUUGUCAAAUAGUGGUUUUCUCUUUCUCAGAAUUAUUUUGAUUUUAUUUAACACUUACAUUGAAGGUAUCAGCUGGUUAUUCUUUUAUUUCUUUUAUCGUCCUUCUAUGUUGCUGCAUAAUUAAGCUGUCCAUUGUUCUUUUGAGAAAAUGCUCACCAAAGCUAUAGGGAUGGAAAUGGAAAUGUUUGUAUUUGCUCGGUCCUGUGUAAGACUGUGAGUACACGGGUGCGUUUCGGUAAACUAAAAUAUCAUCAGAAAGUUAAUAUAUUUCAGUAAUUCAAUUCAAAAAGUAAAACUUGUAUUUUAUCUAGAUUCAUUAUAUACGAGGUACCUCAAGCAUUUAUUUUUUGGUGCUUUUGAUUAUUUCUUACAGCUAACGAAAAUCCCAAAUUACAUUUCUCAGACAACUGGAACACUACGUAAAACUAAUUUAAAAAGGUGGCAUACUCACAGUUGAGAGCAGACAGUCAUUGACACUUUUCACAAGAAGGGUAAGUCACAAAAGGUUUUAGCUAAAGAAGAUGCCUGUCCAUAAAGUUCUGUUCUCAAGGAUAGUAAUGGAAACCUUAGUGGAAGGAAAAACUGCAAUAACUACAGCCUUGAAAGGACUGUGAAGCAAACCCCAUUUGAGUUUGUGAGAGAUUUGCAAGGCACGAGCCACAACACAGACAAAUCCAGGACAUGGGCUACAAAUGUCACUUUCCCGUCAGAAGUAAUGAUGGGACAUCCAACUCUUUUCAAAUAUCAUUUUAGCUUGGCUGUCUUAUAAGAACCAGCUUUCACAUCUACGAAAUGGCUUUUCUGAUAGUAUCACUCGGAGCUUUUUAUUUUAGACUAAUUUAUUAAUUAUGACUGGUUUGUGUGUGGCUAAACAAUUUUUAGUCUGUGUUUUAUUAGAAGUUUUUCAUUUGAAUUAUAUUAAUGGAAGGUUUUGUGGGUGGAAAAAUGUGGUGGAAAAAUGCUGUUUAAUAUAUGAGUUUUACUUUUUCAGUAGAAUUGCUGAAAUACUAAAUUUUUUGAUGAUACUCUAUUCUGUACUGAGAUGCAUCUGUGUGUUUGUGAGACUGCGAUUGUAUGCGUGCGUGUUUGUACACAGGAGGUGAUGGUGAAGGAGACAAGCAAUGGUUUCUUCCAUCACUGCUGUGAUUUUCAAAGCAGUAUUGGUGUAAACCUUUUUUUGUUGUUUUUUGAUUUCAUGUCCUUUGAUAAGACUUGGUGUUCAGUAUGCAAAUGUAUUAUUUUUAAGAAAUACUAUUGUACUGUAAAUAUCAUUGUGAAUAUUUUUGUAUCAUCGCGAUAAUGUUUGUCGUUGUCCGACCUAACCGCACGCGCUCCCCUUCAGAUCACCGACUUUUCAGCAGUUUUAAACGCCUCAUAAGCUAUGCCCUGAUGCAUGUCGUACUCGUUUUCCACCUUUGUGCUCGCCUUAUCUCCAUUAGCUCAAAGUUAUUCUGUUCCAUUUUUUUCCAAAGUUCUCAGAUAUCAAACUCACUUUAAAGCAAUGCUUUCUUUGUAAGCAUUGAUCCAAAUCGAUCUCUGCUUCCUGAUCAUGAAUUUAGGUUAACAUUUGUUCAGCGAUAUUGAUUUUUUUUUAAAAAGAGAUGUGGUGUCAGCUGGCAUUCAGUGUAAUUAUUGAUCUAUGUGAAUAUCAUGUUGCUAAAUGUCAAUACACGGUGGUAUUUUAAAGAUAUAUCACAACCAUAUUUUAAAGAAAUUCCUGACAUGUUUAUAUUUUGUUAUAGAAAAUGUGGCUUUUUAAAAGAAAAGCAUGAUACCAUAUACAUUUGUAUCCCCCUUUUGUUUGUGGUUUGAUUUCUAUUUGGUAAAUUAUUUUGUGCUGGUUUUAUUAUGAAUCUGUAAGGCUAGAAAUCCAAUUUCUUUCAGAUUGAUUUGAACUAAACUGUUUCGGCUCAGAGAGCACUGACAUGUUUGAGGUCUAACAAACAAGGAGACAAGGACAGUUGUUAAAUUUUUUAAACAUAUCGACCAAACCUAUAAAAAUUCGUCAUCAUCUCAUAGUUUCUUCUUUAUUUCAAGUGAGUUAGUUCGGUAUUGAAGGCAGCACCCCAAGUGUUUAGUUGCACAAUCACAUAAAUUGCCAUUUCUUUUGGGGAGAUGUUGUUAAGAAAAAGAAAAAAAAAAAAAAAAAAAGAAUAUAUAAAAAUAUUAAAAAAUAAAUACCUAAGCCAGAGAGGAAAGGGGCACAUUCAUCAGUCUGGCCUGGAAAGGAUGUAGACGGCAAGGCUUGUUAAAUGUCCCAAGGGCGUCUGUAUAUAUGUAAAUUAAUAUAGAGAAGAGUGAACAGAAAUGUAUUAAUUUUCCUUUGGGAAUGUGCAUUGUUUCUUCUGAAUAAUAAUAAUAAAAAAGCUUGCAACACCUCUACUGGAAGUGGCUGACUAUGAAAAUAAAACAUGUUAGUUUAUGUCGGUGGGUAAUCUCAGCAUUUUGCCCCCACUGCUUUGUAAUAUACUUUCAACCUCUUUUGUUUGGGGGAACCGAGACAGUCAUGUUCUAAAUGUACUAUUUAGUUUAAGUGUUCUAGUCUCACGGGCAUACUCUGAGGUGCUAAAGCUAAAAACAAAAUAAGGUUACACAAAACACAAACGGAAAAGCCAGUCGGUAGUGUAGAAGGAUGGUGGUAGAAGGAAUGGGUCCUGAAGAUAGUGACUAAAAUCCAUAAUUUGUAAAAAAACAAAUUUAUAUCAUGAAGAUCUGGAAAAUCAGUCUAAGGUGAUUCAUGCAAUGUGGCCAUCGUCUCUAUGUUUGUACAUUGUAUGUACAAUCAUUUCAUACUCCAAACUGGUCAGAAAAUAAAGAAACUAAUUGUGAUUUUUAGUCUUGCAGAACUGUAUGUAGUUAGAUGAUGUGACAGCCUAAUAUUUAUCUAAUAAAUAUGUAUUCAGAUGAUUCCUGCA